AGGAGGGGCCGCGGGGCUGGCCGCCUCGCCGCUUCCGGGGGAGCCGGAGAGCCGGGCGGCCAUCUGCCCGGGCCUGCGCGCCGCACUUCCCCUCGCCGGGGGCGGCCGGCUCCGCGCGGGAGUCCGAGCCAACCCCGCGGUCCGCACCGCGGCGUGGUCUCCGCCACCCACGCGCGCAGGCCAACGCGUGCAGUGCUGGAGUGACCGCAGUGGACAGGGUGGGGUCAGCCCUGUCCUCCCCCUGAGGACGUAAAUUAGAAAUCACGGCGCAACCCUGGAUGGCUGUUCCAUAAGGUCGAGACUGAGUCCCCUCCCUUCUCUCACUUUACCAAUGCCCGGUCUCAUGGGCUAUGAGUGUACCCCUCAGUGUUCCUGUUGGCGAGGUGGGAGGGCUUCCUGGCCCACGUGCAGCAGGAGGUGCAGGGAGGCCGACGAUGAUGGGCUCCUGGGCUCCGGCCUUGACCUCAGAGCCCAGAUGCUUUGUGACUGGUUCAGGCAGGCCCUGUCGAAGCCCAGGAAGCUGCCGGACUCUGCAGAGGGCACCUCCAGGGACGUUUCACAGCCGAGCUCCCGGGACGACCCCCCACCCCUGGGCCUCAGCUCAGCCUUGUCUCGCACGCCCCCGCCCACACACGACGUGGGUGCUAGCAGCAGCAGCGGCCGCUGGAGCAAGGACUACGACGUCUGCGUGUGCCACAGUGAGGAGGACCUGGUGGCCGCCCAGGAGCUGGUCUCCUACCUGGAGGGCAGCACCGCCAGCCUGCGCUGCUUCCUGCAGCUUCGGGAUGCGACCCCAGGUGGCGCCAUCGUGUCUGAGUUGUGUCAGGCCCUGAGUAGCAGUCACUGCCGGGUGCUGCUCAUCACCCCAGGCUUCCUGCAGGACCCGUGGUGCAAGUACCAGAUGCUGCAGGCCCUGAGCGAGGCCCCUGGGGCGGAGGGCCGCACCAUCCCGCUGAUGUCGGGCCUCACCAGAGCCGCCUACCCUGCUGAGCUCCGGUUCAUGUACUUCGUGGAUGGCCGGGGCCCCGAUGGUGGCUUUCGCCAAGUCAAGGAAGCAGUCAUGCGCUAUCUGCAGACCAUCAGCUGACACUUCUUACAUCACCAUGGGACCCAAAAAGUUGGAGCGAAGCUGAAAAUCCAGUUAAGAGAGCCCAGGGCCUCACAGGGCCUCAGAGGGCCUUGGAUUCCUGCCACUGUGACGAGGUGUAAGGAACCAAAGUUUGUAGCACUUUGUAUGUAAUCCUGGGGUUCAGAUUGCCCAUCGGGCACCCAUUACUGUAGGCUCCCCAGGAAGGCUGUGGGGAAGCUGAGGACUUCCCCAGGAAGGUCAUGGGGAAGCUGGGGACUCCCCCAGGAAGGCGUGUGGAAACUGGGGACUCCCCAGGAAGGCCAUGGGGAAGAAAUCAUAGGUGUUAGGAGGUGCUGAUACCAAGAUCACCCAUGUUUUGCCUCCUGCCUCACUGGACACACACAGCCUGGCACAUACCUACAUCUUCUUCCCCUGGAACUUGGCACUGGGAUAGAGAAGGAUUCCGCCCCCCCCUCAGAAGAGGUGACUCACCUGGGCCAUGAGCUAGAAGCCAGGGCUGGUUUCCCCAGUGGCCUGGCAUCAGGAGAAAGCAACAGGUACCAAGUCCUUCACACACUACUGCCCUUCUCUUUCCCAGGGACGUUGUCCACUCCAGAAGAGUAGAGGAAAGAUGCAUUCAGCACUGUACUCUAUUUUUAUUUCGUGUGUGACAUGAAGACGCAAACCUAGAAACCAUUCUGAAUAGUUGGGAGGGGGACAGGGAGCAAGUGGGCUGAAGAGAAGGAAAAGCUCAGCCCCUAUCGCUGACUCAGAAGCCCACCCACCGAUGGCUUUCCCUCAUGGGGGCCUCAUCAAAGGUCUGACUAGAACUCAUGCUUUUACAAGCUUCUUUACCUCUGUACUGAGAGAGGUCAGCAGUUUUCUUCUGGCAGAUGAUUGUGUACCUCGUAGGACAAAGUUUCAUUUCAUCUGUUCUCAGUUAAGUCUGUUGUUGAAUUGAAAUGAACUUACUCCCCUGAUGGGUAUUUUGUGCUUCUCUCGCUUCCCCCUCCUAUGCCCCCUCCUUUCACUGGAAAAAAUUUAUAUAUUUGAGAUAAAUUAACAUAUUAACAUUAGUUUUAGGUGUAAAACAUGACGACAUACAUAUUAUGAAAAAAAUAUUUUAAUUAUGAAUUAUUUUAUUACAUAAAGACUAUACUGCUUAAGAAGCAAAACCUUACAAUCCCUAUGGUGCCCCCUUUAUGCCCUUAAUCACCUUCUCCCCAUUAGAACAAUUUUGAAUUCUGAAUUUUGGGUUUCAUUGGCUUUUCACUUACACAUCCCUGACCACGUUUACCUUUACAUGGUUUUGUACUGUAUGUAAAUGGUAUUAUAAUGUUUGUAUUCUACAAAUUCUUUUUGUUGACCACAUGUAAGAUUUAUUCAUGUGGAUGCAUGUAAUGCCAGGAAAUUCACUUUCAUAUCAAUAUGUAAAUGUACCAAAAAUGGACAUUUGGUUGUUUCCCAUUUGUUGCUAUCAAAAGCAAUGAGCUGGGCGCCUGGGUGGCUCAGUUGGUUAAGCGACUGCCUUCGGCUCAGGUCAUGAUCCUGGAGUCCCGGGAUCGGGUCCCGCAUCGGGCCCCCUGCUCGGCAGGGUCUGCUUCUCCCUCUGACCCUCUCCCCUCUCAUGCUCUCUCUCUCAUUCUCUCUCUCAAAUAAAUAAAUAAAAUCUUAAAAAAAAAAAAAAGCAAUGAGCUUAUGAACAUUUUUGUACACACUUCCAUGAGAUUUUCUAGGAUUUAGCUGAGAUGGGGAACAGCUGGGUAAUAAAUACACAUUUUCAGUUUGGGUAGAAAAUACCAAAUUUUCUUCCAAACUUGUUAUGUCAAUUUAUGUUCCUACCAUUUGUGUAUAAGAUUUCCCACUUUUUCAUGCUCUUAUUAAACAUGUAGAAUCAUCAGAGUGUAAAAUGUUUGCUGAUCUGGUGGGUGAAAACUGGUAUCCUAUUGCCAUAAUAUUCUUUUUCUCUUUUUUAUGAGAAAUUCCAUGUAUAUCAUAUACCAAAGGGGAAGAGAAAAAUCUGAUGAAUCCCUGUAUACCCAUCACCCAGCUUCAACAGUUGCCAACUCAGAGCUAAGCUCCUAUCAAUAACUCCAAUUCCCUCCCCACCAGAUCCCUUUGAGGCAAAUCCCAGGGAUUAUUUUAUUCCUCUGUAUUAAAACUAUGUAUGUUUUUAGGAGUUUUUUUAAAAAAAUAUAUCUUUUAAAGAACAGAAAGCUUUAUUAUUUUUAAAUAUAAAAACGUUUACCUAUUACUGUA